AUGGAUGCCCUAAUCAAGACCUUCUUCGACAAGAAAGUCGGCGACUUUCUCAAGGUCGACCAGGGAAAUCUCCGGAUCGAUCCUUCCUCUGGACAGUUUCAGCUCAAGAAGGCAUCCAUCGACGGCUCCGCCUUCGACGGACUACACCUUCCAGUAGCAUUGCGCGGUGGAUUUAUCGACGAACUGUCCGUGAACUUGCAUCUGGACGUCUUCAACCCGGGAGGAUCUGUCUCCCUACAGAUCCUGAUCCGAAACGUUUUCUUCGUUUUCGGGCCGCAUACGACGGAUUGGAGUUGGGCACAUGUCAUGCAGUGCAAGUCAAAGCUUGUCGACCUCAUCAUGAAGAUCGCCGAGCUGAAGCCUUCCAAAAAGGCCAAAAAGUCCGGCGAGGACUCCGCGACCGGAUGGUUGAGUGACAUCCAGACGAGGAUCAAGCAGGACGCCUGGGCUCAAGCACCUUCCAGCUGGGAGGACCUGAUGAAGAAGGUGGCUGAGAUGAUUGAGGCAGCUGGGCAUCAUACAGCUUGGAUCCUUCACAUCUAG